AUGGUGGGUCCUGGUGACCUUGAUGACUACCUGAAGGCGGAAGUCGAAACGGAAGCUGCCAAGUAUGGCCAUGUAGAGCGCGUGGUCAUUCAUCAAUGCAGGGAGGAGGCCGGAGAGGCGGUGGUGGUCAAAGUCUUCAUUCUCUUUCAGAGCGCUGCUGAGGCGCAAGUGGCACAGACGGCACUCCAUGGUCGCUGGUUCGCCGGGCGGAUGAUCAAGGCGGCGUUCUACGAUGAGCAGCUGUUCCUCGCAGGCGACUACGCCAGCACCUGCUUGUCGGCCACCUCCACGGAUUAA